UGCCCUUCCUCCAUGCUGUUUAUAUCUGUGUUGUUCAGUGGCUGUGACCUAACCUCAAUUUAGUGGUGUGAAAUAAUAAAUAAAAUUACCAAAAACAUUUUCCGGGAUGGAACUGUAUCUCAAAUGCGACAAUUGCCCAUUUAAGACAAAACUCUUAUCUAAGAUAAGAAGUCACGUGACAAUUCACGCAGAUGACCAAAAAAGAUUAUUUAAUUGCUCAAGUGGUAGCCUUGAACCUUACAAGUGUUACAAAUGUAAUACAUUUGAGACACAAUUUUUGUCACAACUGAAACAUCACAUCGCUCAAGGUCAUACAUCACAACAUGUCAAAUCCACAACCUACAAGUGUCCCAAAUGUGAUUUCAAGUCGUUUUCGAAAUAUUUGGUUUUGAGACAUGUUAUUUUUACCGAACAUCAAGGAAAGAAAUACACAAAUUAUGAUAACAAGGCUUCACAUUUUGACGAUUUGAGAAGACACGUGAUUCGAAGACAUACAGAAGGUUCCAAGAUUCAGUGGUUUAGAUGUAAACAUUGUCCGUUUAAGGGCAAACUCAAUCGCACUUUGACACGACACUUAAUAAAAAAACAUGGCAUUAACUUUUGGUAUCCGUGUAAACUUUGUGAUUACAAGGCGAAAAGGAGUGACAUUUUGAGACAACACGAGAACAGACGACACAAAUCCAAACUCCAGUUGUGGAGUUGUGAUCAUUGUGAUUAUAAAUGUAAAUUAAAAAAAACAUUGACACAACAUAUAGUGUCAAAGCACUCGUUGAUGUGUGAUUUUGAGUAUUUUCAAUGUGACCAAUGCCAAUUCAAGGCGGCCUUUAAAAGUACAUUGGACAAACACGUGACCAUUAAACAUGGCCUCGAAAGGCUUAAGUGCGACCUAUGCGAUUUCAAAACAAAAAACAAGAAAUACUUACAAAGACAUUUCAUUGUUAAACACACUGAAAAUCCAAAAAUGUUCAAAUGCCACCAAUGCGAUUACGAGACAAAAUACAAGCACAACUUACAAACACAUGUCAUCAUUAGACACACUGAAAAUCCAAAAAUGUUUGAAUGCGACCAAUGCGAUUACAAGUCAAAAUACAAGCACAACUUACAAACACAUGUCAUCAUUAGACACACUGACAAUCCAAGAAUGUUCAAAUGUGACCAAUGUGACUACAAAACAAAGUACAAGCAGGAAUUACGAAAGCAUGUUGUUGUCAAACACGCUGAAAAUCCAAGAAUGUUCAAAUGCGACCAAUGCCAUUACAAAUCAAAAAACAAGUACAACUUACAAAAACAUGUCAUUGUUAAACACACUGAAAAUCCAAGAAUGUUCGAAUGCGACCAGUGCGAUUUCAAAACAAAACACAAGCAGGUAUUACCAGAACAUGUCAUUGUUAAACACACUGAAAAUCCAAAAAUGUUCAAAUGCGACCAAUGCGAUUACAUAACCCAUCUCAAGAAUUAUCUCACGAAACACCAAAAGUAUCAACAUAGCAACGUUCCGUUAUUCCAGUGUGCCAGUUGUGACUUUAAAACAAAAUUAAAAUGCAGUUUACUCUAUCAUUUGCGUUCACUCCAUUCCACUGAUUCUCAAAAAUCAUAUCACUGCAACGAAUGUGAUUUGCAAUUCACAACAAAGUUUCAAAAGGUAACACACACAAAAGAAGAACAUUUGAAGAACGUGAUUUGGAAACAUACAGAAAAUUCAAAGAUCCAGUGGUUUAGAUGUGAAUAUUGUCUAUUUAAGGGCAAACUCAAACACACUUUGAGACGACACUUGAUGGAAAAACAUGACAUUAACUUUUGGUAUCCGUGUAAACUUUGUGAUUACAAGGCGAAAAGGAGUGACAUUUUGAGACAACACGAGAACAUACGACAUAAAUCCAAACUCCAGUUGUGGAGUUGUGAUCAUUGUGAUUAUAAAUGUAAAUUUAAAAAAACAUUGACAGAACAUAUAGUGUCAAAGCACUCGUUGAUGUGUGAUUUUGAGUGCUUUCAAUGUGACCAAUGCCAAUUCAAGACGCCCCUUAAAAGUAAAUUGGACACACACGUGACUAUUAAACAUGGCCCCAAAAGGCUCAAGUGCGACCAAUGCGAUUUCAAGACAAAAUACAAGAAAUACUUACAAAGACAUGUCAUUGCUAAACACACUGAAAAGCAAAAAAGUUUGAAAUACGACCAAUGCGAUUUCAAAACAAUGUUAAGGCAACGAAUGUAUAACGUUGUUAAAGGAGUGUUAAACGUUGUUAAACGUUAUUGAGUGCAUGUUCUUUAAUACUGUAUAGUUUGUUGCCUAACCUAAGUUGUAAUUUUGAAGUGAGACAUUACAUAAGAAAAUUCUCCACGUUUUUUCAGUAUUUGAUUUCAUAAAUUUUGUUUAUGCGAGUGUUUUCGUUUAUUAUCCAAAAAAUUCUUUUUGAUACAGGGCCUUCUCAGGACUAACUUAAAACUAAAUUUUUCUUAUGCAAAAUUGUCCAAAGAUUCAGAAUAUGUUAUUAGUUUUUAUUUAUAAUUAAUAGUUUUCUUCGUAGUAUGUAUUAUUGUUUUAUGAAGUAAGUAUC